AUGGGUUUGUUUUCGGUGUCUUCACAUCUCAGGUGUUUUAUUCUGAUGUCUUUGGCUCAGCGGGUUCUUCUCACCUGGAUCUUCACACUCAUCUUCCUCAUCCUGCUGGUUCUGAAGCUGGAUGGGAAGGUGAAAUGGAGCUGGUUCCUUAUCUUUCUGCCCGUCUGGAUCUUUGACAGCGUGCUGCUGCUGAUGUUGGGUGUGAAAGUGGCCGGUCGGUGUCGGACGGGUCAUGACCCGCGACUGAAGCUCUGGUAUCUGCUGGCUUUAAUGAUGAAGGCUGGAUUCUGUCUGACUCUGUGCGCGCGCCUUGAACACCUGACAAACCUGCGGCUCGUCUACAUAUGUGUGCCUUUAUGGACGCUGCUGACGGGAGCCAUGAUCGAGCUGGGCUACAACAUCCUCCCACAACACACACACUGAUACUGAUAUACAUACAUACAUUUGAUUGAGCUGGGCUACAACAUCCUCCAACAAUACUUACACUGAUACACAACACAAGCGAUUGAGCUGGGCUACAACAUCCUCCCACAAUACACACACUGAUACACACACACACACACACGAUUGAGCUGGGCUAUAACAUCCUCCCAAAAUGCUUACACUUACACUGACAAACAACACACACUUGAUCAAGCUGGGUUACAACAUCCUCCUACAACACACACACACACACGAUUGAGCUGGGCUACAACAUUCUCCUGCCUAAGACACUGCAGACACAUUGUAUUUAAACAUUUUAAUCAUCUAAUUUUCAUUGGAUUAGAAAAUAUCAAAGUAAAUGGAAAAAACUCUUAAAGCUGCCAUUUUUCUUGUGUUUUUCAAAGCUUUGAUUGUGUUUAUGGUGUGCAAUAUAACAUGUUCAUGUUUCAUGUGUGUAAAAAACGCAGUAUCAAAAACUCUUACAUUGAAAUCAUAUAUUUGGGAAGUAGAGGGCUGUAGUCCAAACCGGCUGUUCUCUGUGGUCCUUGAAAAGUGAACUCUGUUAAAGAAAAUAUAUCGCUUGGCAUUGAACUUUGAGCUUUAUCAGAUCACAAAAAAUGGCCGCUUUAAAUGGAGGUACUGUAUAUCAGUGGUUCUCAAACUUUUUUAGUGUGCGGCUUGUGUACGGCGCAUUCCUUCCCGGCCACCCCAAAGGAAAUGUAUGACAAAAAACUGUUCUAAAACUCAACUUUUAAUUAAACAAAACAUAUUAAAUGAUAGAAAGUAGUGCUGUUGUUAAGUAGCCUAAUUUUUAUAGGUUUAAUUGCACAGAUUUCAUAAAUUUAUUUUAUAAAAUGUCAUAAAACUGGGACCCCCUGGGGGCCCCGGCCCCAGUUUGAGAACCACUGCUGUAUAUAAAUAAAACAUUGUUCAUUUUAAAAUUAAAAGUGAAGGUAUUGUUUGUUUGUUUUUUGCUUAUGAUGAACUACACAUGUGGACUGAUAUUUUAUCAUCUUAACACAAUUCAGAUGAAUUUAAGCAUCCCAGUAAUUCUUCAGGUCACAAAACUCUCAGCAGGUCCCUUACAGAAUCACCUUAAUAUUUUGUAGAGGAACACAAGGAAAAAAAUUUGACUGGGGGACGUCAGGUUGUGUUAUUAAGACCUGCUGUGUCUUUUCAUCCAUCACAGACAAAUGUUUUUUUUUGUUUGUUGUUGUUGCAUUCAGACUUAGUCAAGUUUUCUGUAAAUUUGAAAUAAAAAGUAUGUUUCAGUAUGUUUAUUUUACUGUUAAUAGAGAAUCAUCAGCUCAUUAAAGGGGACAUAUCAUGAAAAUCUGACUUGAUUAAA